UCAGGUAAUUCAGCAACACUGGAGGCGGAAAUAAUGCAGCGAAUCAUGAACAGCAAGACGGCCUGGAAAUUAAUCAACUCUACGGCUGGAAUUCCAGGCACAGGUAACGUAAUGAAUAUCGACGUCGAAGUCACACAGGACUUUCCUUUGGUAUCUAUUGUCACCAUGCUUGCGCCAUCACCUGAUUGGUUCACUGGAAUUAAGAAGGUAUCCCUUUGUGACACCUCGAGCGGAAUGUGGAUGGACAGUCACACAAUUUAUGAUCUACAACCCUGGGAUGCCGGCACCGACAACGGGACAACUUUCAUGGCUGCGAAUAAUCCGACUAUGCCCCCCGGUUAUAUCAGCAUGAUCACUAAACUUGCACCACCAACAGAUUUUAUGAAUCUUUCCGCGUCAGCAAUACCAACACUGGGUAAGAUGAUGUUCGUGAGACAAAACAAGCCAACCAUGAAUCAAUGCAGUGGCAUGUACAAUUACACAGUCAAGUUUGAGGCGAAAUGGUCACAGGCUACCCACCCCAACGGAUGGCCGAGUGGAGCCAAGUUCUCCCCUCUCGUCAUUGCUACUCACUCGUACAAAUACAAAAUGUGGAGUGAUAUGACCAGAGCCUCACCGGGUGUCAAGAAAGUUGCGGAAACAGGUGCGUCAAUUUUUAAGAAUUGA